CAGCUUUCAAGUUUCAAACUUCACGGCACUUACUUGGUUCCUGAUUUUAGUCUUUACCCUACCACUCUUUUGGAACCUAUUACUAUUUAAGUCCUUAGUACAUUUAUAUUUAUUUAUUUUGAUCUACCUUCCCAUCCUUACUAAUACUUUGAUAAAUUUAAUUUUGGUGGAUUUAAUUUCAAAAUCAGAACUAGAAGUGUUUUAAUUUUGGCGGUUUAAUCCCUUUUUUUGACAUAAAUACCAAUGUUACUCUUUUAUAUGCCUUUGUAAAGUUAUGGAAGCUUCAAGCAGAGUCAAUGCUCAUGAAAUCGGCGCAGAUGAGAAUCAACGAGUAUAUUAUGCGUUUACUGGAAAAGAUAGGAAGCUUCAUCGGUCACCUACAAGAGCUCCUCUAAAGUCAGUGGAAAAUACUUCUCAAGGGGCAUUACAUUCUACCUUCAUAGACACAGGUCACUAUGUAUCGUCUCCUGUCAACUCAGAAGAAAACCAUCUUUUUCAACAUGAGAAAGAAUUAAGUACUGUUUUGGUAAACUCUCUGCCUGAAGAUUCAUUUUUUGAACAGAAGAACACAUCUUCGGUUAUCUUGGAAGAGUCACUCAAUUCCGACACCUUUGAAGCCAUUAAUUCUUCACAUGUUGCGAUACCCGUGUUCACAGAGGAAGAUUUUUGUUUGCUUUCUGAAGCUGCAGAAUUUGUAAAGACACAUCCUUCCAAGGAAGAUGACGAUCAAGAUCCGUCAAUGGUUCCCGACUAUGAAACCGAUAUUUUCGGGUAUAUGCGCGAGUUGGAAAAAAAUUUGGCUCCAUCCCCUUCGUAUAUGUCUAUUCAAAAUGAAAUAGAUUGGCCGACUAGGCAUCUGCUGGUUGACUGGAUUAUUCAAGUGCAUCAAUAUUUUCGACUACUUCCAGAAACUUUAUAUCUAACAGUAAAUCUAAUAGACAGGUUUCUUUCCACGAAAGUUGUUUCUUUUCAAAAGAUACAAUUGGUAGGCCUUUCCGCAUUAUUGAUCUCCUUUAAGUAUGAGGAGAUUCAUCCUCCAACUAUUUAUCACUUAGGGAAAAUUGUGGAAGGAGUCUAUGAAAUUGAAGAACUUAUUCGUGCUGAACGAUACAUGUUAAUGUUACUGAAAUUCGAGUUAAGCUGGCCAGGACCCAUGUCCUUUUUAAGAAGAAUCAGUAGGGCUGAUUCCUAUCAAUAUGAUAUUCGGUCUCUUGCAAAAUAUUUAAUGGAACUAACGUUAAUGGAUGAAAUGUUUGUAGGAGGAUAUCCGAGUGUCAUAGCAGCUGCUUCUUAUUACUUGUCCAUGCAGAUGCUAGGAUAUACUACAUGGACGUCCCAUCAUAUCUAUUAUAGUGGACUUACUGCUCGACAACUAGAGCCUUGUGCCUUAGGGAUUAUGGAAUGUAUUUUGGAUGCUCCAAACCAUCAUACCUCUAUCUUCCAAAAGUACAGUGAAGCCAGAAUGAAGCGCAUUAGCGUUUUUGCGUAUAAUUGGGUUUCCAGCAUUUUAUAAUCAACCAUCCUUCUAUCUUUCGUUAUUCCCCCUUUUUCAUGGAAGCUUUGCUUUAUCAAAUAAUUAUUUUUUUUGGAUUUUUGCUUAACGCUACUUCCUGUUUUUAUAUGAUAUCUUUUUUUCUUACUUUUUGCUUGAUUUAAUAACAUAAUUUUCUAUAUUUCCUUUAUAAUUGAAUAAUUGAUACAUUUGAACCUUUUACAGCCAAACGCAAAGUAAUGAAGGGGAAAGUAAAUAAAAUAAAGAAAAAAAGUGAC